GGGGCCCUAGAGUGCUGCUCUGAGUGGGCCCGGCUGCUGGGCCGCCGGCUCCGGCGCAUGGGCCUCCUCCGAGGCGGAGCUGCGUGCGCUCGGGCCAUGGCGCGCCUGGGCGCGUUGCGCUCGCACUACUGCGCGCUGCUGCUGGCCGCGGCGCUGGCGGUGUGCGCCUUCUACUACCUGGGCUCAGGCCGGGAGACCUUCUCCAGCGCCACCAAGAGGCUGAAGGAGGCCCGCGCCGGGGCCGCCGCGCCCACGCCGCCCGCACCCGAGCUGGCCCGGGGCUCCGCGGCGCCGGCCUCCGGGGCCAAGGCCAAGAGCCUGGAGGGCGGCGUGGUGGUCCCGGUGGACUACCACCUGCUGAUGAUGUUCACCAAGGCGGAGCACAACGCGCCGCUGCAGGCCAAGGCUCGGGUGGCGCUGAGCUCCCUGCUGCGCCUCGCCAAAUUCGAGGCGCACGAGGUGCUUAACCUCCACUUCGUGAGCGAAGAGGCCAGCCGCGAGGUGGCCAAGGCCCUGCUGCGGGAGCUCCUGCCGCCCGCCGCCGGCUUCAAGUGCAAGGUGAGCGGUGGGUGGCCCAGGUCCGUUCUCUGAGCUGUCAUCGGCAUCUCCGGUCAUCUUCCAUGAUGUUGCUGUGCUGACAGAUAAGCUCUUCCCCGUCGUGGAGGCCAUGCAGAAGUACUUCAGUGCUGGCUCGGGGACCUACUACAGCGACUCCAUCUUCUUCCUCUCGGUUGCCAUGCACCAGAUCAUGCCCAAAGAGAUCCCGAGGAUCAUCCAGCUGGACCUUGACCUGAAGUAUAAGACCAACAUCCGAGAGCUGUUUGAGGAGUUCGACAACUUUCUGCCAGGCGCUGUUAUCGGCAUAGCCAGAGAGAUGCAGCCUGUGUACAGGCACACGUUCUGGCAGUUCCGCCAUGAGAACCCCAAGACCAGAGUUGGGGACCCUCCGCCUGAAGGACUCCCUGGCUUCAACAGUGGAGUGAUGUUGCUGAACCUGGAGGCCAUGCGCCAGUCUCCGCUCUACAGCCAUCUGCUGGAACCUUCGUGGGUACAGCAGCUUGCUGACAAGUACCACUUCCGGGGCCACCUGGGGGACCAGGACUUCUUCACCAUGAUUGGCAUGGAGCACCCUGAACUCUUCCAUGUGCUGGACUGCACCUGGAACCGGCAGCUGUGCACCUGGUGGAGGGACCAUGGCUACAGCGAUGUCUUCCAGGCAUACUUCCGCUGUGAGGGCCACGUCAAGAUCUACCAUGGGAACUGCAACACACCCAUCCCAGAGGACUAGGCACCAGCUCACCCGCGAUGCUGGUGGGGCUCCCGGGCCUGGGGAAGAAAGAGAGACUCUGCUAGGACACUCUUUAGGGGUGAGGUGCUGCAGACCUCCCAGCUGGCUGGCUCCUAUCCAGCCAAUAUCCAAAGAAGCUUAGCUGAGCCUUGCUGCUGCUCGAGCUGUUUUCCUCCAGGGCAGCCCGAAGGACUGACACGGGUGUCUUCCAGGAGGUGGUCGAAGAUACGGAAGGAAGGAGAAUUGCACCCUUGUCCACACGGAAUCAAAACCCUUGUAAAGAACUGGCUUUGCUAGACCAACUAAGCAUUUCAAGCGGCAGGCUCUAAUGCUUGGUGAGAGAAGAGGUGGGUGCUACUGUGGCUCCCAGUGAGCACUGAAUGCCUAGUCAGGGUUUUAACAAGCAGCCCAGGGCUUGAGCCUCCAAAGGAAUGCCACAGUCCCACAUCCUUUCCCAGGAGGCUUUGUACCUCCUCCAGAUGUUCAUGUUGCUUGGUGCUGGCUUCAAGAGCAGCACCUCAUUAGAUAAAGACUGAACACAUAAAAAAAACCCUUACUAUAGUGUCCAGAGCUCUUAUCCCUCCUCUAUCCCAGAACCCCACCUUCUCUUGUCUGUCUACCUGCUCCAGGUGACCUGACUUCUACUAAAGAAUCAAACCCGUCAUCCAAGGACAGAGGUUGGCCAUGCCGGGGCAUGCACUAGAUUCACUCCAAGGAAUUCACUCCAAGUCUAAAGUACUGGGUCACAAGUACAAUUGGGGGGGCUUGGGAAAGGGUGGCCUCCUGCUCUCAUUGUAGUCUCUGGAGAAGAAAGAAAACCAAACUCGUAAUUGUCCACUGUGUCAUGCCAGCCCCUACCCCUUCCCAGAAGUGAGUACCAUUUCUCUGUGUGCUUGAGACGGGCUUUGUGAGUCAGCUGCCCACAUGAAGCCCCACAGGCCGUGUCUGCACAGUCCAGCUCAUGUCCUCAGGCAAGAAAUGGGAGAUUCUUAUUGUAUAUAGUCAGUACCAUGAGCGACAGACACUAGCUGAUGAAUAGACUUUGAGAACUCUUGAGUCACGGUGUUUGUUCUCUGGCCAGUGUUCAGGGCUCUGGAUGGGCAGUAGGAUCAGCAUCAAGCAGAAGGCCUAAGAGGCCCAACCGGCAGGCCUGCACGUGGGCGCAGUGGGUGGUAGGUACUGCCCUGUUUGCUUCCAGGUGCAGAACUAUCUCGUUCUAGCUCUUAGCAGGCUCAUCCCCUGCCGGGAACAAGCUCAGAAGUCUCUGGCUCCUUAGCCCAGACCUCCCAGUUCCAUUCAUGCUGGUGAGUGGCACACUCCUUCACUGGCCCUCUGCCGGGCCCAGUUCCUCUGUUCUCCUUGCUACUUGAUUUCCUAUUCAUAGUGUCUGGUUAUUAGAUGCCUGCGUGCGCCAGGCAUCGUCUUCAGGAUUUAUAUGUGCCCUAGAUAAUAUUCAUGAAAACCUCAUCCAGUUCACUCCAGCUCUAAAACUGAUGGAUGAAAACAGAGACACGGACAGGUUCUCUGCUGUGCUGUUUACUGAAGCUUUUUACUGUGCAAAAAUGUUGGAAACAGCUUAAAAUGUUGGCUAGAGAAGCAGAUAAAUAAUGCAUACUGCAACCGUAUGGUGGAAUAUAUCGCAAAUCAUUUGAAGGAAUAUUUAAUGUACCAGGAAAUGCUUAUGCUAGUGAGUAAAGAAUACACAAUAUAAGAUUGUAUUGUGUCCUUUUAUUUUUAAUUACAUAUAUGUGUGCAUCUAUAUAUAUAUUUUUGCAUAAACAGGUACAUACGUGAAAUGCAUAUGUAUGGGUGAAAAGAGAAAAAUUUAAAAACAAGCCUAGUCUGUAUUUCAUUAGUUCAGCUCCUCAAAGACCGUGCUUCGGCCACAUUAACAAAACAGUAUCUCGAUGGGGGUGGGGGGGAUUAAUGUACAGGAAGUUUUUUAAACUCACAAUAACAGAUGAAUUUUUCAUCAAGAAUUAAAGUGUUUC